CAAUCUCAAUCUCUGCAGUGCAGUAAAGUGAGUGAGUGUAUCUGUGUGUUUUUAUUUUUUAUUUUUCUGGGAAAUGGGGAGAGCUCCAUGUUGUGAGAAAGUAGGGUUAAAGAAAGGAAGAUGGACAGCUGAAGAAGAUGAACGAUUGAUCAAAUACAUUCAAGCUCAUGGUGAAGGCUCUUGGAGAUCUCUUCCCAAGAAUGCAGGAUUGUUGAGAUGUGGGAAGAGUUGCAGACUGAGAUGGAUAAACUACUUGAGGGCUGAUUUAAAGAGAGGGAACAUCACCACUCAAGAAGAUGAAGCCAUUGUUAAGCUGCAUGGUGCUCUGGGUAACAGGUGGUCUAUAAUAGCGGCACAUUUACCAGGACGAACAGAUAAUGAGAUAAAGAACUACUGGAAUUCACAUUUGAGCCGGAAAAUUUACAGCUUCACCCGAUCGAGAAGCAGCAGCAGCUCGAUAGCCAGUGACAUCAACGUCGUCAAGCUACCCGGAGCAUGCAAGCGAAAGAGAGGGCGAAGUAGCGGAACAACAAUCAAAAAGCCAAAGAGUGGCGCCAAUAUGGCCAUAAAUGCGGUACUUGAAGUUGAAACAGAAGAAACGGCCGGAGAAAAGGCAAACGUAUUACUCAGUAAUAAUAUUAGCAAUAAAGGAGAAGAAAUUAAAAGUUUGGAGAUAGGGGCCCCAAAGAAUAGGGGAGUAGAAGGUAAUAAUAUAAAUACAAUAAGUAGCUUGCAUAGGACAUGCAUGGAGAGCAAUAAUGGAGAAAUAACAGAGGCUUGGGGACCGUAUGAGUGGUUAGACAGUGAAAUAAAGCGACUGACUAAUGAGUUGAUGCAAAGAGAAGAUGAUGUGGAAGAAGCAAGUGGGAAUAAUAGUAACCAUAGUAGUAUUAAAAGCAAGAACAUGGAGAAAACAAGUGGGGAAAAAGAAGAAGAGAAGAAGACAAAAAGUAGUGACGAAGGAAGAGAAAGGAGCAGCGGUUGUUGGAGCAGUUUUCAUGCAGAUAGUAUAAGCGGUGAGGAAUGGUAUAGUACAAGUUGUGGUUCAGGAUUUGAUGAACAGGAAUGGCUUGACUGGGACUGGACGGCGGGUGGUGGUGUUGAUGAGAUCAGUCAAAAUCAUCAAUGGAAAUUAUGGGAUGAUGAUGAUGAAGGAGACAAGUUAUUGUGUUGGUUAUGGGACAGUGAUAAUGGAGGAGAGACUAGUUAACUGAUUAAUAAGGGAAACAAUUUACAACUCAAUUAAUAUUUCUAAAUUGCUUAAUCAAAAUGGGUUCAGACAGUGUUACCAGGUUGUGAUUGUGAGCUGCAUUACAAGACUUCAAUUAAUUGCGUAAGUCUAAUUAAGUUUGUAAUAUGCUUGCAAGAUGCAUAAUCCAUCAUUAAGUUGGUAUUAAUUAGUGUACACAUUUUGCUAAGAAUAUGUAAUGACAGUAAA